AUAAUACGUAUGUAUAUAAUAAAUCUGUAAUAUAUUUAAAUAUUACGCGAACGAAAUAUGCGCGGUGAUUGUCUAUUUCAUAUCGUGUGAUAUCAUGUCCGCGUUGGUUAUAUUUAGAACGAUUCAGUGCAACAAGAUGCACCGUCCGUGGAGAGUCGCAAUUACGUGUGCAUUUCAAAUGUUAUAAUCUCUUUUGACAAAAUAUUAUUCACUCUCCAAAUUUUUCUCGUGUACCGCCAAUUCUUGCCACGCAGAUCAGCAGAUUUUUUUUAUUUAUCUCCAAGCCAAUCUGCAAAUUCUAAGAAUAUUCAACAUGGGUGACCAAGUUCUGAUAACAGGCAGAUAUUUAAAAGUUGCUAAUCGACAGAGAAAAAAGAUAAUUACACCAGAUGUAAUGUUGCAUACCAAAAAUGUAAUGAUUCCUGUUAUAAAAUCUGUACCCUUCAAGCAGAGCUUUAACAUUUCCUUGCCAGAAAGUAAACUUCAAAUUUUGUUGGCACAAGACUACAGAAAUAAUCCUGCAUUGUUGUUCUCGGAAACGCCAUCGCAUACAUUGUAUAAUCCUUUGGAAAACUUACUUGAGGUGGAAAAACCCAAUUAUUGGAAACUCAGGAAUCAAAGUACAAAAUAUACUACUUAUAGAAAAACAAAUUCUGAAAAUAUCAAGAAAAAAAGUAUUUUGCAAAAUUCAUGCCCCUUGAAGAAAUUGUUCUGCAAGAAAAAAAAUAACAUGUUACAUUUUCCUAAUACAAUGCUUGUGCAAUUUCAACUAUCAAAAAAAAAAAAUUUGCAUAAGACAAGUUCAAAAUCCAUAAAAUUAUCUAGAAAGUACAAUCUGUCACAAAUCAGAGAAAAUCAAUUAAGAUAUGAAGACAAAUCUGUAGUUUUGCCAAAGAUGGAAGCAUCAAUUAGCAAUAUUAAAAUCAGCAAAUCAUCAGUUAUAUCAUUACAAAGUCAAUCCUUCCAUGAUUUUACAGACACUGUUUCCACAGUAUCAAUACUGUCACUGCCCAGUUUCAAACUUGAAAACAAGAAAACAUAUGCAAAUAUUGAAAAUAGGAAGUUGGUAUCUAGAUUCGUGUCGAAUCAUUUGCAAUCUAAUAACAGUGAACAUGAAAUAAAUGUGUUACAUUAUGGAAAUGAUAAUCUAGUAGAAAAUGAUUUGUCACAUUUUUCACAAUCUUAUUUAAAAUCUAAUACAAAUUGGUCUUCCACUGACAACAUCAAUUCAAUCAAUUCAAUCAAGAUGCAAGAUCCAUAUAAAAUCAUGCGUAACAUUAAAUAUUCUUGGAAAACAGAUAAUGGGAUGCCACCCUCUCAGAGAAAAAAAUAUAAUAAUAAACAUGAAAUAAAAAAUAUGGAAUGGUAUGACAGAAAGCCUUACAAUUGUAAAAUAAAAUAUUCCUGGCAAGUUAUUGGAACAAGUACACAAACAUCAUGCGGCUUGUUACAAGAUUUGCUGGAUGAUACUGAUACAAGAGACAAUAUGUCUGCCUAUAAAAUGUGUAACGUAAAAUAUUCUUGGCAAAUUAUAGGAAUUAGUACACAAGCAUCUUUAGAUAAUUAUGAUGAAGAUUAUUGGAAUGGCAUGUUGCUGAUACCAAAUAAAAAUUAUGACAAGAACAAUAUUCAAAUUGAUAAUAAUGAAAUAGACUGUAGUAAAUUGCAAAAUCAUUCAGCAAAGUAUUCAGAAAAAAAAUUUAAGAGAUGUUUAAUAUUAAACCAUCAGCAAACUCAGACUUUUGCCGAGAAAGAAGUUCAAGCUGACACUAGUGAUUACUAUGCAAAAUAUUCUUGGCAUAAUUUAAUAAAACGAUAUCUAUCCUUGAAUACUUUUUCAGAUAUGGAACAAAUUUUAGAAGAAUUGACCAAACAAAGCCUGUCAGAUAAGUCGGAAAUAGAACAAGUUGACAAUCAUGAUGAAUUAUUAGACAGAUAUAUAAUAAAACCGUUAAUACCAAAUCCUAGCAAGAAUUCUGUGAUAUUUAAUAAUGGCAAUGAAAAGACAAAGAAGGAAGAACUUUUGAUGAGAUUAACAUGCACAUUGAAAAAAUUAAAUCAAUAUGAACGAAACGAUAAGAAUUAUGAUACAAAUAUAGCACAACUUGAUGCAGAAAAUAUUUUCACACAAAAAGAAAGAUUAUCACAAAAUGUAGAAGAUAUUAAAGGGAUUAUUCAAUCCGCACAAGAAUACAUAACAAAAUUGGAUUAUCAAUUAAAAGACCUUGACAAUGCUGAUCAGCAGAUAGAAAAUAGUAUGAUGAAAACGUUAAAAGAUAUAGACGGGACAUUUCAAUCUUUGUUAGAUGAUGUGUGCUAUGAAAUCAAUAAGAGACGCGAAGAAUUGAUAUUGGAAGCAGAAAUUCACAAGCAUGAGAGUCUAAUACCGCUGAGAGCUUGUAGAAGGGAAGUGAAGGCACAGAUACAAAAUGCGCAGAAUAUCAUAUCUAUGAGCGAAAAUAUACAGCAUCGAUAUAGUGCAAACAGAUUUGAAAAGAUAAUUGCUGCUAGUAAUGAUAUAGGCAGGAUACCGGCAGUGCCGUAUUCCGAGGAGCUUCCAAAUAUAAAUUUCGAUCGUCCAUUAAACUCUUAUAAAGAAGAGAUUAUUGAACAAAUAUCGAAACUCGGCUACAUUUCUCGUACGGUACCUGUUCAGAUAACGAACAUCGAGGAAAGACCGGCGGGUUUAUUCGUUAAAUGGCACAUAACUAAUCCCGAAUACACUGCCGAGGAACAAAUAUUUAUCGUAGAGAAGGCGAACGGGGAAACUCUCGACCCGAUAUCGUGCGAGUUUGAGACGGUAUAUAAAGGAUCUGAGACUUUCUGCUUUAUCAGAAAUAUACCUGUUAAUCAACCAGUCACGCUUAGAGUCAGAAUACAAACAGAUAAUGUAGCAAGAAGUGUACAUCAUAUUGCAAGGACUUUUAUACCACCAUAUAGCUGGGAACUUGAUAAUAAACAUUAUAUGAUCACUAAUAAUGGUAAAACAGCUGCAAAACUCACAGACACUAUAAGCACAUUGUUCUCACAUGGUCCUCAGUUUGAUGCGAAUCACAUAAUCGAGUUCAAGUUCUUAGAAGUUUCUUCCGAAGGAGAUAAUGACGAAGGUAUCGCAUUGGUUUACAAUCCGCAAGACAGGCAUGACACUUUAAAAAGAACGGCAUCAUUGAUGAUCACAUCUCGUGGAAAAAUCUUCAUGGAUGGCAACGAGAAAUUGAUGCGCCUACCAAAAAUGUGUUUCGGUACAAACAUUAUGAUCUCAGCUUUUCGGAAAAAUGCUCACAUAUUGCGAGUGAAUAUCGAAUCUGAAAAUAAAUGUGUCACAUAUGAUUGGCGUGUGCAAACGCCACUGUUCUUUGCCGCCCGUUUUACCAAGUACAAAAAAUGGAGUGUAAUGGUUAAAUGAGAUACAAGAAUUAUUUUUAUUACACAAGACGCAAUGUAAUUCUAUAAAUAAACAGAAAAUGCCUUA